AUGUAUAAAUGUGUAUUGGUUACUGAGCAAAGAAAAGACAGAAUUAUAUUUGCAACCAAGGAGGACCAUGAGACACCAAGCAGUGCCGAGCUGGUGGCAGAUGACCCAGAUGACCCUUACGAAGAACAAGGAUUGAUAUUGCCCAAUGGAGAUAUCAAUUGGAAUUGCCCGUGUCUGGGUGGAAUGGCUAGUGGUCCCUGUGGGGAACAGUUCAAGUCAGCCUUUUCUUGUUUCCACUAUAGCACAGAAGAAAUAAAGGGAUCAGACUGUGUGGACCAAUUCCGCGCCAUGCAGGAAUGCAUGCAAAAAUACCCAGAUCUUUACCCUCAAGAAGAUGAAAAUGAAGAAAAAGAGAAGUCGAGCAAAGAUUUGGAAGCUACUCCUAUGGAGGCUUCUGCUGCCAAAGAGGAGAAGGGAUCUAGCUAAUGAAGACACAAGGAGGCUGUUGUCUCCGUUUCUCAUUUUCAAAGACAUGGACUUUUGCAGUAUGUCUGAGUCGUCAAGAAAUGUUUCUAUACACUGUAUUGUAGUAAAUAAUUUAUUGCUGAAGAAAAAAAUCUCAGUGCUACAGCCUUGCAAAUAAAUACUGCAAAAAGAACGAGUAUGUGUAUGUACUGUGUAAUCUGCUAUCAGACACAGUUAAUACUUUAACAACUGUUCUUUACCUUCAAGUUCUCAUUGAGUUUUUACUUGAAUAAUGUCUUUAAAGAUAGAGCUUUCCACUAAAAUUCCACUAGCACACCAGGUCUGUCUUCAUUUCAGUAUGUUCUGAUCAAUAGCUGCUCUUUUUUUAAUUAAUUCUGUUCUAUUAAUAGAAAUUGCAUCAAAUGUUUUUUUUUCCUUAAAUUUCUUGCCAGAGUGAUAAAAGACAUUGAAAAUGGCCUAAGUCUAGAAUUUGUAAAAUAAUUUCAAAUAGUUUUAUUGGAUUAUGGUUGCAUUUUACUGUUGACAUCAGGUAAGGAGUGCCAGAAAAAUGUUGAAAUGUGUAUCUCCUUUGAUUUCAUCUACUUACUGUGAUGGCUUUUGCGUUUUUAAAAAUGGUGUGUAGAUAAAUGGAAGGAAUGUUGGUCACUGGCUUCAUUUCUGCUCCGAAACCACAGGUUUUUGGUUCCUUUAGUGCCUGCUCCUUCAGUGUAUACACAGGUUGUUGUAAAAUACUUUGAGAAUACAAUGAAAAUGUUACCUGGUGUAAUGAUCACAAAACAGAUACUGUGACUUAAGUGCAUAUUAAAAAGCAAUUACUUUUUACCUUCA